CGUCGUCUUCCUUUCGUCUUCCCUCCCUCACUUUCUUUAACUGAGAGCCCGGUGCUUGCUUCAUUCUUUAUUCCCCUUUUAUUCGCUGCAUAUACGCAUUCGCAUUUCAUAGACGCAACUCUUCCUUUUUUAUUAUUUCGGAUUUGGAUUUCGGAUUUGAAUACGCCAAGGAAAUACGAUCGACCGACCGACACACACCCCCACGCUCCACGCGCUAACCUAACCAACUCACGGGCAUUCUCGCAGUCCGUUUGGUCGGCUUAAAGUCCUCUCUCUUACCCUCGCCAGAGAGAAGCACGACUCUCUCUCUUUCCCAACCAACUCGGCUUGCUUCCUAUUUCUGUUCCGCGUCCGGCACGCCUCACGGAACACCACGCACACACACAACUUUACAUUAAAUCUCCCCUUGUUGUACUCUUUUGUACUCUACCAUCUCUCUCUCACCUCACCACAAUCAACCACACAUAACGCAUAACGCUUAACACACAUCUUCCCUCGCGAUAUGUCCCUCAAAGCCGAACUCGAGACAUGGGCCUCAGCGCUCAAGGCCUACGACGAAGAAGAUUUCGAAAAGGCUCUCGACCUCUUCAGCCGGAUCGCUGACUCUUCCAAGAUCCUCACUAAUAUGGGGUUGAUUUACGCUACGCUUGGUGAACAUGAGGCUGCUGUGGAGCAGUUUAAUGCUGCGACGGGGUUGGAUCAGUAUUUGGCUGUUGCCUACUUCCAAUGCGGCGUCUCCAACUUCCUUCUAGGUCGAUACGACCUCUCUCUCCGCGACUUCGAAGAAGCGCUUCUCUACCUUCGUGGGAACCAAGCUAUCAACUACGAGCAACUCGGUCUUAAAUUCAAGUUGUUUUCGGCGGAGGUGUUGUUUAAUAAGGGGUUAAGUCAGAUUUAUUUGGGGAAUGUUGAUGCUGGGUUGAUGGAUAUGCAGGAUGCGAGGGGGGAGAAGGCGACUGAUGAGCAUAAUGUUAUUGAUGAUGCUAUUGCGGAUAGGGGGGAGGGGUAUACGGUUUUUAGUAUUCCUGUGGGAGUGUUAUACCGACCAUCGGAGAACAAACUCAAGAACACGAGGACGAAGGAUUACAUGGGCAAAGCUAAAUUAAUCGCAACAGACAGCGUCGACGAAGCAUACACCGAAUUCACAGGCGUCGCUCGAAAGGCACGUGGGUUCACAGGGACAGGUGCACCUAUCCCCGACAACUCCCUCAGCUCUUUCGACUCUUUGGAAAGUGCGGCGGGGCUAGGUAAUUUGAGUAGAAGUCAGACUGUACCUCCGCCACGCGUGACGGUGGAUGAUACGAGGCCUGCGGGGUUGAUGAGGUCUAGGACGGUGUUGCCUGUUGCGGAUCGUUCGCAACAGCAGAAUGUCAAUCCUAAUAGUCCGAAUGGUCGCGAUGGAGGUAUGGGUGGAGGAGGAGGAGGGUUGCAGAGAAGUUUGACGACGAGUGCGAGGUCGCCGAUGUCUCCUCCUGGUGGGUCCGGCCCAACACGUGCGCUCAGCGUACGAAAGAACGGUAUGGGUAUGGGUCAGCAAAGGUCGCCUACUAGCUCCGCUCCCCCUCCUCCACCCGAGAAGAACGAUGGCAAUGGUACCGGUAAUGGAGGGCCGAUGCGCAUCACAGAGAUAUACGACGACUACAUCGGCGGGUACGCCGACGACGCUCCUCCUCCUAUGCCUAUGCCACCUGCUGCACCUCAGCAGCGCGUAGCAGCAUGGGCUAGGAAUAACGCCAACCCGGCGAAUACACCUUCGAGAGCGCCGAGUACGCGUGCACCGUCUGCUUAUGGGUCGUUCUCUUCUUCAGGUGCGAGUCUUCGGAGGAAGCCCACCCGCCGACCUACUAUCGGUGGUGGAGGUGGAGGACCUGGAUCGACUCGAGGUCGACCAAUGUCACCCUACGAAGAAGAAGAAGAAGGAUACGUCUCAGGAGAAUACGACGAACCCAUCAUCUACGAACUCACAAAGAUUCGAGUCAAGCUACAUUACCAAGAUGACGUGCGUGGUAUGACGCUCUCACCUGAAACCCCAUGGGAAGAGUUUAGAGAGAAGGUAGCGGGGAAGUUUGGGAGAGGGGUGGAGGAGUUGGGAAUGAAGUUUUUGGAUGAGGAUGGGGGGAAGGUGACGUUGAGGGAUGAUUCGGAUUUUGAGUUGGCUGUUGAGACUGUUAGGGAGAUGGCGAAGGGACGGAUGGAGGGGAAGUUGGCUGUUUGGGUUUCGGAUUUGUAAGAUGUGAGAGACGUCCCCCGUGCCUUGUGCUGUUUAUCGGUUUGCCGUCCUCGCUUGAUCACCUUAUGUCGCCUGGCCAAUUCACGUCUCCCUUUGUCGUCGUCAUUCUUGUUAUCUAUCCUACAUCUUGCUCUCGUCGUUCUUGGUCUCCUGUCUUGGUCUCCCAUCUUAGUCCUUGGUCUCCUCGCUGCUCAUCGUCAGUUUCGUCCAUUGUGUUUUGCUCUCUUAAUGUGUUGUAAUACCCCCCGGUUAACCUAUCUUGUCUUCCUCAACUCUCCCUAGGCCUUUCUCAUCUUCUUCUUUAAUUCUUACAUGAUCUUCGAUAUGCUCAAACCAAAUUAUCCGUAGCCCAAACUCAUCCAAUAAAUAUUCAAUAUUUCGAUAUUUUUCCACAAAGACCUAUCACAUCAACUUCGUGUUGCCAUCACUGUGUUUGAUUUUUUCUUUCGGUUUUUUGGAAGUUUACUUACUUACAUUAGC